AUGGUUCACACAGGUCUCUCCUCACUACCCUCACCACCAGCAGCAGCAGCAGCAGCAGCAGCAGCAGCAGCAGCAGCAGCAGUAGCAGUAGCAGUAGCAGUAGCAGUAGCAGCAGUAAGAGCAGCAGCAGCAGUAGCAGCAGUAAGAGCAGCAGCAGUUGCAGUAGCAGCAGCAGCAGUAGAAGCAGCAGCAGUAGAAGCAGCAGCAGCAGUAGCAGCAGCAGCAGCAGCAGUAGUAGUAGCAGCAGUAGAAGCAGCAGCAGCAGCAACAGCAGCAGUAGCAGUAGCAGCAGUAGCAGCAGCAGCAGUAGCAGUAGCAGCAGUAGCAGCAGCAGCAGCAGCAACAGCAGCAGCAGAUUGGGCUUAUAUCAAAAAAAAAAAAAAAAGAUAUUCUUACACCUAA